CGUUGGAUGUUAUAAAUCCACCGUUUCCCUUCCCUUCUCUUCUCCGUCUCUGGUUUGCUCUCUCUUCUCUUCUGCCAUCGCAAACUUCUCUGACUCAACAAUGACUUCAAUCUCUCACCUCAACCAACUCACCAGCAGGACCCUUCCGGCCACACCGCUCAUCUCCACGGCCUCAAUUUUCCCGCCGAGCACCGUCGGAAUUCGGAGCAAACCGGUGGGAACUCCGAGGAUCUCCGCACACAUUCCGAGACCAGUGGUGAUCGCCCGAGCGAAAACAAGCGACGAUGAAUGGGGUCCGGAGCCUUCCUCUUUAGCGGCGGUUACGGAGGUGGAGGAGAAACCGGUGGAGACAGAGACAGAGACGCUGAAGAAGGCUCUGGUGGAUUCCUUUUACGGAACAGAUCGUGGACUCAAAGCUACCAGUGAUACAAGGGCUGAGAUCGUUGAGCUUAUCACCCAGCUUGAGGCCAAGAACCCCACCGCUGCUCCCACCGAUGCUUUGACUCUGCUCAACGGAAAAUGGAUUCUGGCGUAUACAUCGUUUGCAGGUUUAUACCCAUUGUUGUCAAGGGGAACAUUCUCUUUGGUCAAGGUAGAGGAAAUAUCUCAGACAAUUGAUUCAGAGAAUUUUGCAGUUGAAAACUCUGUUCGCUUUGCUGGUCCAUUGACUACAACUUCAAUUAGCACCAAUGCCAAAUUCGAAAUUCGAAGCCCAAAACGAGUGCAGAUCAAGUUUGAGGAAGGUAUCAUUGGCACUCCUCAGCUAACAGACUCAUUAGUGAUACCAGAAAAUGUGGAAUUUCUUGGGCAAAAUAUAGACCUCACACCCUUCAAAGGCAUACUUACCUCUGUCCAGGACACCGCCUCAUCGGUUGUGAGAACAAUUUCGAAUCAGCCUCCAUUGAAGAUCCCAAUUUCCGGCAGCAAUGCUCAGUCGUGGCUGCUCACUACAUACCUUGAUGAAGAACUCCGCAUCUCAAGGGGCGAUGGUGGUAGUGUGUUUGUUCUUAUCAAGGAAGGCAGCUCUCUUCUGACAAACUAAACAAAUUGUUGUUUUAGUUUUUGGGCAUAUUAUUAUAUAAUAAUUUGUUGUUAUGUCUAUAAAAUAAGACACAAGUCAGAUUGUAUACAAUUAUGCUAUAGAUGCAUGUAUAGGAGGACAGUAUUAAUUCUGUUCUGCGUUUGACAUGUCAAAUUGUUGAUGACGGUUAAAUUUGUUAUUUUAUCAACAGAAGGCUCUAAAUUUACAACAUCA